CCAUCCGCAGAAGCUAAAAACGCUUCUCUCCCACCGAGAGGGAUUCCAAGGUGGCUGAGGAUUGGAAGAAGAGGGGAGUUUGGGGGGCGGGCGGGGAGAAUCCAGCAUCCCCGGAGAAGAUCCGAGGCUGGAAUAAAAAAGUUUCUCCGAGGAGAAAGACUCCCCCUCCGCGGCGCGGAGAGACCUGACCUUCCGCUUGCUCUUUUUGAGCAGCGAGCGGGAGAGAGAAGCCAGCUGCCCGCUUCGCUUCGGCCCCCGACGACGAAGGCGCAAGUUGAGAGACGCGGGGACAUUUGAAGCAGCAGCCACGUCCUUAAGAGCGACGGGGGGAGGCGAGCAGGGAGCCGCACCAUGUAAAGGAAGGUGCCGCGGAAGCAGCCCACUUGCGGUGGAUUGGAGCCCGAGCCCGCCUGGACUGAACUCUAGAUGGAAAAUUGCAGAUGGAUAUUGAAUUUCCUUUCUUUUUUCCUUUCCGUCAAAUUGGAUUUGCUGCCGAAAUGAUGUAGUUUUGCCCUCCGUGGUCUUUUUCUGUUUCCCCCCCUUUGUUUUUCCCCCACACCUUCUUUUUUUUCUUUUUUCUUUUUUCAUUUUCCCCCUUUUCCCCAUCGGAAUUUCAUUCUGGAUAUUUCCCUCCUUCUGGGCGAUUUCUCAAAGACAAUUGAGACUAUGAAGAAAGACUGGCAGUUUGUAACAAGAGGGUUGGCUUCUAUUUUGCUGGCCCCAAGAAAGAAGUCCUUUGUCUGUGUAACUCAAGCAGAUAGACUAACCACUAGAGCACCUGCAUUAUUGGCCAGGAACGGAGAAGGGCAGAAGAUGGACUAGGCAUUCUGACUAUUGGAACUCCUGAAGGACCAACACCAAAUAAAUUAUGAAUGUUGAACAAGAUGACCUUACAUCCACAGCAGAUAAUGAUAGGUCCUAGGUUUAACAGGGCCCUAUUUGACCCCUUGCUUGUGGUGCUACUGGCUCUUCAACUUCUUGUGGUGGCUGGUUUGGUCAGAGCUCAGACUUGCCCGUCUGUCUGUUCCUGCAGCAAUCAGUUUAGCAAAGUAAUUUGUGUGAGGAAGAAUCUGAGAGAGGUCCCUGACGCCAUCUCCACAAACACACGGUUAUUGAAUCUCCAUGAGAACCAGAUCCAAAUCAUUAAGGUGAAUAGCUUCAAACACCUGAGACAUCUAGAAGUCUUGCAGCUGAGCAGAAAUCACAUUAGAACAAUUGAAAUAGGGGCCUUCAAUGGUCUGGCUAAUCUCAAUACUUUGGAGCUUUUUGACAAUCGUCUUAGCACCAUCCCAAAUGGGGCUUUUGUGUACUUGUCAAAACUGAAGGAGCUUUGGUUGCGAAACAACCCCAUUGAGAGUAUUCCUUCUUAUGCUUUUAAUAGAAUCCCUUCCCUGCGAAGGUUGGACUUGGGGGAAUUGAAAAGGCUUUCAUAUAUCUCAGAAGGUGCCUUUGAAGGUCUGUCCAAUUUGAGGUAUUUGAACCUUGCUAUGUGCAACCUUCGGGAGAUCCCUAACCUCACGCCACUUGUAAAACUGGAUGAGCUAGAUCUUUCUGGGAAUCACUUAACUGCUAUCAAGCCUGGGUCCUUUCAAGGAUUAAUGCACCUUCAGAAAUUGUGGCUGAUCCAAUCCCAGAUUCAAGUGAUUGAAAGGAAUGCCUUUGAUAACCUUCAGUCGCUAGUGGAGAUCAACCUGGCCCACAACAAUCUAACACUACUGCCUCACGACCUCUUUACACCUCUCCGUCUAGAAAGGAUCCACCUUCAUCACAACCCUUGGAACUGCAACUGUGACAUCCUGUGGCUCAGCUGGUGGAUUAAAGACAAAGCACCCUCCAACACUGCAUGCUGUGCCCGUUGCAACACGCCUCCUAGCUUGAAAGGGAGGUACAUUGGUGAGCUGGACCUGAAUUACUUCACGUGCUACGCUCCUGUGAUUGUGGAGCCACCAACAGACCUCAACGUCACUGAAGGCAUGGCUGCAGAGCUGAAAUGCCGAGCAUCAACAUCCCUGACCUCUAUAUCUUGGAUUACUCCAAAUGGGUCUGUUAUAACACACGGGGCUUAUAGGGUUCGGAUUUCUGUGCUCAGCGAUGGCACGUUAAAUUUUACAAGGGUGACUGCGCAAGACACGGGCUUGUAUACGUGCUUGGUGAGUAACUCUGUUGGGAAUACCACAGCUUCUGCAACACUCAAUGUAACUGCACAGGAGUGUAUUACUUAUUUUUCAACCAUCACAGUAGAAACUGUGGAACCUUCUCAGGAUGAGGCGCGGACAACAGAACAGGUUUGGCCCACACCAGUCAUUGAAUGGGACACCACCAAUGUGACAACCUCUCUCACACCACAGAGCACAAGGUCAACGGAAAAAACAUUCACCAUCGCUGUGACGGAUUUGAGCAAUGGGAUUCCAGGAAUAGAUGAGGUUAUGAAGACUACCAAAAUUAUAAUUGGUUGUUUUGUGGCAAUCACUCUUAUGGCAGCGGUGAUGUUGGUCAUUUUCUACAAAAUGAGAAAGCAACAUCACCGGCAAAACCACCAUGCUCCAACACGAACUGUAGAGAUCAUUAAUGUGGAUGAUGAGCUUACAGGUGACACGCCUAUAGAAAGUCAUUUGCCCAUGCCAGCAAUAGAGCAUGAGCACCUAAAUCACUAUAACUCUUAUAAGUCUCCUUUCAACCACACAACAACAGUUAACACAAUAAAUUCAAUACACAGUUCAGUGCAUGAACCAUUAUUGAUCCGAAUGAACUCGAAAGACAAUGUGCAAGAGACUCAGAUCUAAAACAUUUACAGAUUUAAAACACAAGACAGUUUAUUAAACAAAAAUGACACAAAUGACUGGGCUAAAUCUACUGUUUCAAAAAAAGUGUCUUUACAAAAAAAAAGAAAUUUAUUUAUUAAAAAUUCUAUUGUGAGAGAAAGCAGACAAAAUUAUGUGUAUUCCUCAGAACCUCUUUUUGCUGCACUUAUUUACCCUACUUCUUUCCCUCCCCUUUCUUCUUACCCCUUCCCAAGCCCAUUUGCCAUAUUUUUCAUAGAACAACUUGAUUCUCUAAAAAAAAAAAGAUUAAAAAAAACUGGUCUAGGGAUUUUUGUAAGAAUUCUGUUAACGCUUUGGGAAUUUUUAUGGUGAAUUCUAGUGGUGAGAUUCGGUCUAUUUUGUCUUUCUUCAUUUCAUUUUCUUCUCAUGCCCUUUUUGAAAUGGUUCAACAGGGAAAUGGAUGUUAGUGGUAGAUUCAUAAGAACAAUCAAGGAACAGCAACAGCAAAAAUAACAAAAUAUUUUAUUUUUAUUUUUCACAUAAUGACCUGUUCUGUAUUUCCUGAAGGGACCAUUCUGUGGAAGAAGAAAACAGAAAACAAAAACAAU